AUGUCCACUCCUCCUUUGCCUGCUGAAAUCACAAAUGUGCUGAAAAAGCUCAACCCCCGCAAGUCCCCGGGACCUGAUGGUUUCACCUCCGCUUUCUUCAACUCUGCCUGGCCAAUCGUUGCAUCAGAGGUACUGCAGGCUAUAUCAAAUGUUUUCAUCUCCUGCUUCAUGCCUCGGUCCACAAAUGCCACUAUCCUGACCUUGGUACCAAAGAAUCUGGGAGCUACGUUCAUCGCUGACUUUAGGCCCAUCUCGUGCUGCAACACUACAUAUAAGACUAUCUCAAGGCUUCUUGUAAAGAGACUAAAGCUGAUUUUACCGACAUUCAUACUGCCAAAUCAAACUGCAUUCGUCCAGGGUAGACUUUUGAUCGAAAACACGUUGCUUGCUUCGGAGAUUGUCCAAGGGUAUCAUAGAAAGGGAGGACAAAAGAGGAUCACCAUCAAAGUCGACAUUGCAAAAGCGUUCGAUACAGUCAGAUGGGAGUUCCUCUUUGCUUGUCUGCGUAGUUACAACAUACCGGAGGUUCUUAUUCGCUGGCUUGAAGCUUGUGUGUGCACCCCUUCAUAUUCGGUUGCUUUCAAUGGGUCUACUUAUGGGUACUUCAAAGGGAAACGGGGGCUUAGGCAAGGGGAUCGUCUCUCCCCCUAUCUAUUUGUUUUGGUCAUGAACUGCCUCUCACUAGCGCUUGAAAGAGCUGCGGUCUCAGGACUCUUCCAAUACCACCCUCGCUGCGGGAAAACCAAGCUUACCCACCUUUCGUUUGCUGAUGAUCUCUUAAUAUUUUCAGAUGGUUCACUCUCUUCUGUUCAGGCCAUCUUAAGUGUUUUAAAAGACUUUGAGGAGAGAUCGGGGCUGGCCGUUAGUAUUCAGAAAACUUCCCUAUUUGCAGCAGGGAUGACUGAUGCGGAGACCAUUUCUUGCAUCAUCCCCAAGGCUAUCACCCGCGAAAUCGAUUCUCUGUGUGCAAAGUUCCUUUGGAAGGGAGACAUUACGGCUACUGCUUCUGCGAAGGUGUCUUGGGAAUCUUGCUGCCACUCGAAAGAAGAAGGAGGACUAGGCCUCAGGAAUUUAGAUGCUUGGAACAUGGCGUGUGCAAUUAAAAUGAUCUGGCUGCUUUUCUUCGCUAAGCAAUCUAUCUGGUCCUCGUGGUUCCGAGCUGAAAUCCUUGAUGGGAACAUUGAAUUGUUUUGGGUUAUCAACACGAGACAUAAACACUCUUGGCUAGUGAACAAGCUUCUGGACGCUAGGGAGUUGGUCUAUCCUUGGAUAAAGAAGCAAGUUCACAACGGUGAAACCACAUACUUCUGGUCUUCGAACUGGUCUCCAUAUGGAAAACUAUCACAGUACCUGAGUAAUGAGGGCUCAUUGCGUUUCCCGGUAGCAAAAGACGCUACUCUCGCUGAACUAUGGGAAAACGGUGCUUGGACCCUCCCAAAUGCACGGUCUGAUCGGCAGGUUGAGGUUAUCUCUUAUCUCUCUACCCUGACUCUAAAUGAUUACAAUGAUGAACUGGAAUGGUGGGCUGGAAAUCUAAGACAAAACAAGUUCCGCACAGGGGCGCUAUACGACCUGCUUCGCCCUUCUGUUCCAACAGUUUCGUGGCACAGAGAAGUAUGGUUCUCAGGUGGGAUACCUAAACAAAUGUUUCUAGUCUGGUUAAUGGUCAGAAACAGAUGCCCUACCCGAGAUAGAGUGCUGAGUUGGGGCCUGCAAACAGACCCACGGUGUCUUUAUUGUAAUGUUGUUGAUGAGUCCAUUGCUCAUUGCUACUUUGAAUGCAGCUUUACUUGGGAAAUCUGGAAGGUGAUAGCAGCUAAGUGUGGUUUUACUUCAGCCAGGCAGUGGAUUAAUCUCCUCCCACAACUUAACAGCCACACAUCAAACAAGGUCCACAAAACUCUCCUUCUUCUUUGCUGGCAGGCAACGCUAUACACUCUCUGGAGGGAGCGGAACAACCGACUUCAUAAUGCUCUCUUUACUGCUCUAGAAGGUCUGAUUGCUCAAAUUAAGCUGACGGUUAAAAACAGGAUUUCGAGCUUAAGGCCAGACAUGCCUAAAUUCUCCUCCUCUCUUCUCCAGUUGUGGUUCUCGAGCUAA